AUGGAUUAUGAGCAGCAGCUAAAAGAUCUACAGCUUCAUCUGAAGGAGCUUCAGCAGAAGCUGAAAAAGCAUCAGCAGAAGCUGAACGAACCACAACACCAGCCAAAGCCACUUCAGCAGCAGCCAAAGGAACCCCAGCAGCCAAAGCCUCCUCAAAAGCAGCCAAAGGAACCCCAGCAACAGCCAAAACCAUCUCAGCAGCAGCCAAAACCGCCCCAGAAGGAGCUAUCAGAUCCUCAGCAGCAGCCAAAACUGCCUCAGCAGCAGCCAAAGGAAUCCCAGCAGGAGCCAAAGGAGCCUCAGCGGGAGCUAAAAACUCCUCAGCGAAAACUGACAACCGCUCAGCAAAAACUUCAAGAAUUUCAGCAACAGCUAAAUAAACUCUACCAGCAGCUAAAAGAUCUUCAGCGUCAUCUGAAGGAGCAUCAGCAAAAGCAGAAAAAGCUUCAACAGAAGCAGAAAAAGCAUCAGCAGAAGCUGAACGAACCACAUCACCAGCCAAAGUCACUUCAGCAGCAGUCAAAGGAACCCCAGCAGCCAAAGCCUCCUCAAAAGCAGCCAAAGGAACCCCAGCAGCCAAAACCGCCUCAGCAGCAGCCAAAACCACCUCAAGCCCUCCAUCAGCAGGAGCUAAAUGAUCCUCAGCAGCAGCCAAAACACCCUCAAAAGCAGCCAAAGAAACCACAGCAGCAGCCCAAACCGUCUCAAAAACAGCCAAAGAAACCUCAUCAGCAGYCAAAGAAAGCCAUGCAGGAGGUCCACCCAAACCUGCAGGAGGUCCAUCAGAACCUGCAGGAGGUCCUGCUGGAGCAGGACCGGCGCSCAGGCWGGAGAGAUCGAUGAGGUCAGGUGGUGGARUCCAUCCUGGUCCAGCUGAUGGGAAAUAAGAUGAGAACAUGAAUGUGUUAAUAUUUCUCAUAUCUGACAGCUGAGAACAAUCAGCUACAAUCAUUACUGAAGUCAGAAACAAUUGUUUACAAUCUAAACCUGUCAGGAGCAAAACCACACAGACUUUAUGACCAGUUUCACUCUGAGAGUCAACACAGUUAUAAAAAAAUGUUCAUGCCACAUUUUGAUGGCUAUUUAAACGGUUUGCAAGGAAACUUUUAAAUAAGAAAAAAAA